AUGGAUUCGAGCUCGAACUGCGUGCAGAAUGCUGCGCUCCCACAGCUUUUCGACAGCAUUGACCCCUUCAAAAUCAAUGCUCCUUCUUUACAAACCCAAUUUACCCAAGACACCAUCGAUUACGCGUCAAUGAACACUACCAAUUCAACAAACCUCGACAGAGGUAUGGGCGUCUCACCUCGGAUGACAAUGCAGACAGGCUUCCAAGACACUGCUCCUUCUGAAUCUAGAGACUCGGGUGAUAAGGAAUCAUUCCGUUACCAGACCGUGCUCCAAGCGCCAACCGCAAUAAUAAACUACCAGAAUGAAGUCCCAAUCUCGUACUUGAACAAGAGCCAGGUCUAUUAUAUCACAGUCACGGACUCUAUGGCACCUUUCGUGGCCGAGGCCGCACAAUUCAGAACCUUCAUCCGAAUCUCGUUUGAGGAAGAGCAUCGCCGAAACUCGGCCGCUAGAUGGCAGCUGUGGAAAGAUGGCCGAGAAUCGACCGAGUCCAAGAGACGUGAGUUGCCUCCAAUGGCAGUCCAGUAUGCAGGCCAGGGCGAUCAAAUGCUUGUAGAGCAGGCGAAUCUGGAUGGUUUUUCAAUCAUCUGGUCCACAUUGGCCAACGGUGCAAACAGAUGUAGCAUACCUGUUCGAUUCAACUUUCUGUCUACCGACUUCACGCUAGCAAAGGGCGUGAAGGGCGAAUCGGUGCGACUUUGUGUGAAAACAGAGAGAAUCCAGAGUCCUGAUAUCGCACCUGAUCCGGAGAUUUCAUUUUGCCAGGUGAAGCUGUUUAGAGACCACGGAGCUGAAAGGAAGAUGUCAAAUGAUGUUGCUAUCAUCCACAAGAGAAUGGAGCGGUUGAAACUGCAAAUCAAGUAUCCAGAUCAAACCCGGACAUCGAAACAUCGGAGAGACAGCACUCCUGCUGGAGGCUUGGGACAACCCAAUGAUCGAUAUCAAAAGAUGAGAGGCAACUCGCUGGGAUCUUUGCCUAACGGCUUAACACAAGAACAGCUUAAAAAAUUCCAACAGAAGCUAGAUGCGCUCCAGUGGGCUCUCAGGUCAUCCAAGCCAGAGACUGUGUUCAGUCUUCGAGCCGAUCAUCAUGACGAUCCUGAUUUACAUCCUCGUUUGUCAGUAGACACGUCGAAGAUACAGGUCCAUAAUCCACUGCACCAGAGCAUCCCGGCCGUCCAAGAAAGUAUUUCGCCAAAAUCCAGAUCAUCGGACUGCUCGGAAUUCAAAAUGCCCAGAACGGUUUCACAGUUGAAAAAGUUGGCUCAGCCUGCGCCCACUAAGCACUAUCGUGCUAUUUACCCCAAAGAGAGAACGGUCCUCGAACUCAAAAAGAGGAUAGCUGAAAGCGAUCCUACCAUCUCAGUGGACUCGCGCAUCUAUCACGUCAAUAAAGCCAACCUUCAAAUCGUCGUCGAUGACGAGUUUGUCCAACACAUUGCAGAAGGGCAGGAUAUGGUUGUUCAGAUCCUGGAUGCCCCUGAUCUCUCGGAGCUUGGGGAGUGCCCUACUCCUUCGAAGGAUCUCUGUUUAAUAUACUGA